GGGGUGUGGUAGGGGAAGCGGGAUGGGGACGUGGUCGGGACCGGGGAUGCAGGAUGGGGACAGGGGAGGGACCGGGGCUGCGGCCGUGCCGUGCCGUGCCGUGCCGGCGGCUCCCCCGCCCCGGUGCCGGCGCGCAGGUGCGGCGGGCGCGGCGGAGGCCCCGCCCCGGCCCUCCCGCCGGUGCCGCCCGGUGCCGCCCCGCGGCCGCACUCGCCGCCGGCGCCUCCCCGUGCGCACCGCACCGCUCCGCACCGCUCCGCACCGCUCCGCUCCCCCCCGGCGCUGCGGCAGCAUGCGGGGCCGCGGCGGGCACCGUGCCCUCCUGGCCCUCCUGGCCCUGCUCCUGCCCGCCGCCGCCGCCGCCGCCGGCCCCGGGCCCGCCGCCGGCCCCGCCACCGGCCCCGGGCCCGCCGCGGCGGGGGAGAGCCCCGGCAAUUUCAUGGAGGACGAGCAAUGGCUCUCCUCCAUCUCCCAGUACGGCGGCAGGAUCAAGCACUGGAACCGCUUCCGAGACGAUGACUACAUCAAGAGCUGGGAGGACAACCAGCCCGGGGAUGAAGGCCUGGACACCACCAAGGACCCCUGCCAGAAGGUGAAGUGCAGCCGGCACAAGGUGUGCGUGGCGCAGGGCUACCAGCGCGCCAUGUGCAUUAGCCGCAAGAAGCUGGAGCACAGGAUCAAGCUGCCGGGCGCCAAGGGGCAUGGGGGCUGCAAGCCCUGCCACGCCGCCCCGCUCGCCGCCGUCUGCGGCUCCGACGGCCACACCUACAGCUCGGCGUGCAAGCUGGAGCAGCAGGCGUGCCUGGCCAGCAAGCAGCUGACGGUGCGGUGCGAGGGGCAGUGCCCCUGCCCGACCCCUCACGGCCCCGCCGGUGAUGGCAAGCAAGAACCAUGCACCGGGCAGGACCUGGCCGACCUGGGUGACCGCCUACGCGACUGGUUCCAGCUCCUGCGGGAGAACGCCAAGCAGAACGGUUCCGGCGGCCUCCCCGCCAGCCCCGCCACCGCGCUGGAGAGGAGCGUGGCAGCCAGCUGCAAGGAGGCGGUGGGGUGGAUGUUCGCCCGGCUGGACACGAGCGGGGAUCUCUUCCUGGAGGCGGCCGAGCUGGCCGCCAUCAACCUGGACAAGUACGAGGUGUGCAUCCGCGCCUUCUUCAACUCCUGCGACACCUCCAAGGACGGCCGCGUCUCCGCUCCCGAGUGGUGCUUCUGCUUCUGGAGGGAAAAGCCGCCCUGUCUCAGGGAGCUGGAGAAGAUUCAGAUCCAAGAAGCAGCCAAAAAAAAGCCGGGCACCUUCAUCCCCAGCUGCGACGAGGACGGGUACUACCGGCGGGCGCAGUGUGAGCCGGGCGGCGGGGAGUGCUGGUGCGUGGACCAGCACGGUGCCGAGCUGACGGGCACCCGUGGCCGCGGCAGCCCCGACUGCGAGGAGGCGGCGGGGUUUUCGGGUGACUUUGGGAGCAGCGUGGGCUGGGAGGACGAGGAGGAGAAGGAGCCGGAGGAGGCGGGCGAGGAAGGCGAGGAAGAGGAGGGUGAAGCGGGCGAGGGCGACGAUGGUGGCUACAUCUGGUAGAGAAGCAGGAGAGCCCGGCGAGCGGCACGGCGGGGCAGCAGCCCCCCAGCCGGGGGUCCCCGUGACCCCCCCGUUGCCAGUGUGGCAUGGGGUGGGUGCAUCCCCCCCCGGGCCCCAUGUGGGAUGGGGCAUUGGGGUGCUCGCCCAGGGAAGGGGUGAGCGGGGCGGGGGGGGGCCACGCUUGUGCGAAUUUGAGCUUUUUUUUUUUUUUUUUUUU